GGCCAGGCUGACGCAUGCGCCUUUGGGCCCGCCUGCCGCGCGCGUCUUCUCGGUGGGGCUGCGGCAGGACCUUGUCAUUCUGACCCGGGAACCCUACGGAGCGUCUGGCAGAAAUGUCUAAUGCAAAAGAAAGAAAACAUGCCAAGAAAAUGAGAAACCAGCCCACCAAUGUGACUUUGUCCUCUGGCUUUGCGGCUGAAAGAAGCAUGAAGCACCAUAUCGGAGGUGGGAAACCUUUCAACGCUCAGAAACAAGAGCCUCACUCUGGAACUACACGACAGCGGCAAACCAGAAUGACCCCCCACUCACUGUCUGAGCCUGACGGAAAUGAGCUGUGUUCUUCCAAAGUCACGUUUAAGAAAAAGGGAGGCUGGAAAGCAGGCCCUGAGGGCACUUCCCAGGAGAUCCCCAAGUACAUAACCGCUUCUACCUUUGCCCAAGCACGGGCUGCUGAAAUCAGAGCUAUGCUGAAAGCUGUGACCCAGAAGUCUUCGAACUCACUGGUCUUCCAGACCCUGCCUCGGCACAUGAGACGGAGAGCCAUGAGCCACAACGUCCGACGCCUUCCUCGCCGAUUACAGGAAAUGGCCCAGAAAGAGGCUGAGAAAGCUGUACAUCAGAAAAAAGAACACUCGAAAAACAAAUGCCAUAAAGCUCGAAGAUGUCACAUAAACCGGGUGCUGGAAUUUAACCGUAGACAAAAGAAGAACAUGUGGUUGGAAACUCACAUCUGGCACGCCAAACGCUUCCACAUGGUCAAGAAGUGGGGCUACUGCCUGGGCGAGAGGCCGACAGUCAAGAGCCACAGAGCCUGCUAUCGAGCCAUGACAAGCCGCUGCCUCCUGCAGGAUUUAUCCUACUACUGUUGUUUGGAGUUGAAAGGCAAAGAGGAAGAAAUACUAAAGGCACUUUCUCAGAUGUGUAGCAUGGACACAGGACUGACCUUUGCAGCAGUGCACUGCUUAUCUGGAAAGCGCCAGGGAAGUCUCAUGCUUUACCGGGCAAAUAAGUAUCCCAGAGAGGUGCUUGGGCCUGCUACGUUUAUUUGGAGGGCUGAGACGACCCCUGGGGACCCUUCCGAGAGCCGGCAGCUGUGGAUCUGGCUUCAUCCAACUCUUAAACAGGAUAUCUUAGAGGAAAUAAAAACAGUGUGCCAGUGUACGGAACCCAUCAGGCCGACUUUGGGCAUCCCCGACCCGCUCCAGACACAGUCUCAGGAGAAGAACCAGGCUGAACUGCCAGAGGAGCAAAUUGGCAAGAAAAGAAAGAGAAAAGACAAUGGGGAGAUUGUUAAACCAAUUAAAAAAGUGAUUGGUGAUGGAACUAGAGACCCACACCAACCAUACGCUUGGCUCUCCCUGACCACAGGCAUUCUGAUCAGUGACUUGACGACAGAGAUGAACAGAUUCCGGCUGAUUGGCCCUCUCUCCCACUCCAUCCUGACGGAGGCUCUGAAGGCCGCUGCUGUCCACACUGAGGGCCAGGACACGGAGGAGACGCCUCACCACUGGUGGAUGGAAGCCUGUAAGAAUCCUGACAGCGUGUGCCUUCAUCGCAAACAAGAAGCCGUUUUUGAAUUGUUGGGAGGAAUAACAUCACCAGCAGAAAUUCCAGCAGGUACUGUCCUGGGAUUGACAAUUGGGGAUCCUCGAAUAAAUUUGCCCCAAAAGAGGACCAAAGCUUCAACCAAUCCAGAGAAAUGUCUAGAUAAUGAGAAAGUUAGACAGCUGCUCCUGGAGGGUGUGCCUGUGGAGUGUACGCAUAGCUUUAUCUGGGACCAAGAUAUCUGUAAGAGUGUCACAGAGAAUAAAAUCCCGGAUCAGGAUUUAAACCGGAUGAGAAGUGAAUUGCUGGUACCUGGGUCACAGCUUGUUUUAGGGUCCCGGGAAUCCAAGAUACCCAUACUGUUGAUUCAGCAGCCAGGAAGAGUGACUGGUGAAGACCGGCGGGGCUGGGGCAGUGGCUGGGAUGUCCUGCUCCCCAAGGGCUGGGGCAUGGCUUUCUGGAUCCCAUUUAUCUACCGAGGUGCAAGAGUUGGAGGGUUAAAAGAGGCUGUGGUCCAUUCUCAGUAUAAAAGGUCACCUAGCAUCCCGGGUGAUUUCCCAGACUGCCCUGCUGGGAUUCUGUUUGCUGAAGAGCAAGCUAAGAAUCUUCUUGAAAAGUACAAAAGACGCCCUCCUGCCAAGCGGCCCAACUACGUUAAGCUGGGCACUCUGGCACCUUUCUGCUGUCCAUGGGAACAGUUGGCUCAAGACUGGGAGUCGCGAGUCCAAGCCCAAGAUGAGUCUUCCAUCGCUUCAUCUCCAGAUGGCGAGGAGAGCGACUUGAGCAGCGGUGAUGAGGUGCUUGGUGCUGCCGAGCCUGCGACUGGUCCUCAGCUCUCUGAUGACGUGGGGACGUCUGCCUUUGACCCCAAGGAGCCAGAGGAAGGCAUGGACACGGAGUGCCAAGUCCAGGCAGGGCCCGAGAGGGUCAAGGACCUUGGUUCCGGUGAGAACUGUGCUGCCGCCCCUGGAGGUCAGCUCUGUGUUCUUAGGAGUAGAAAAUUACUGAAGCGCCUGUCAGCCUGGUGUGGGCCCAGUUCUGAGGACGGUCGGGCAGCCCGGCGGGCUCCCUGCAGACGCCAGGAGGAGCUGACCAGAGAGGCCUGGCUGCCCAUCUUGGAGCACUUCCCCAGGGCCCUGGUGUGGGUCAGCCUGUCCCUGCUCGGGAAGGGCAGUCCGGAGCCGCACACCAUGAUCUGUAUCCCAGCUCAGGAGGACUUCCUGCGGCUCCGUGAGGAUCGCCGCUACUGUGGGCCCCAGGAGCCCAAGCACCGCGACCCGUUCAAGAGCAAGAUCCUGAAGCAGAAGGAGAAGAAGAAACUGGAGAAGAGGAAGCAGCGGGGAUGUGCCACGUCCAUGGACCUGGCUGGGGGGGAUCCCGUGGCCAGGCAGGAGGCUCUGCCCCUGGGGCUGUGGUCAGGCCCUCUCCCAGCAGUGACCACACACUGCUCCAGAGUUCUCUUGGGCUUUGUCACUCAGGGGGAUUUCUCCAUGGCUGUGGGCUGUGGAGAAGCCCUGGGGUUUGUCAGUUUGACGGGCUUGCUGCACGUGCUGGCCAGCCAGCCGGCAGCUGAGCGGGGCCUGGUGUUACUGAGGCCCCCUGCCUCUCUGCAGUAUCGGUUUGCACGAAUUGCAAUUGAGGUGUGAGUGUAGGUUCACAGGCCAGCAGGGCAUAGAUAACUUUGUCUGCCAAGUCUCUUCAGGGACUUUCGCUUUCUCUGUCUUCUGUUUUAAAAUAUCACGUGAAAUUCCUUGAAAACAAGAAUAAAAAUGGUAUAUUAUGCAAAGGACAAAAUCACAUCAUUCCAGUAACAUCAUGGAUAUCCAUCUUUGCCUGUCCUUGCUGGAAUACUUGCGAGUUAUUUGGCCUGUGUGGCCACAAGCUCUUGUGGUCUGAUCUCUUUGGUCUGUGCAAUGCUUGUUGAAAGUCGUUAGCACCCCUGUCUUUUUUGGUCUCCUUUAUUUUGUUAAGAACAAGGAGCUGUCAGUCUUUUUGAAAAACCUUGUGGUCAUGUGCCUCAGCAGCAACAGCUGUUUCAUGAUUGGACCAUUAGAGAGUAGGAGGCCGUAAACAUUAAGAGUCUGUACCUGAGCUAUGGGUUAUGUUCUGUACUGAGAGUGUGCGAGACCCUUGCUCCAUAAGGAAAGGAACCAAGGACCGCGCAUUGCUGCUGGUUUGCAGGCAGGCAGGUGUGCAGCAGAGGUGCUGGGCUGGAAAUAGAAUGAGGGGCCUAGGACUUUAUGACCCUUUGACCUCUUCACAUGGACCUACACAUGGUCCCAGGACUUACCUAAUUGUUUUAAGUGAAACAUUAAUUGUUUUGUUUCUGCAAAGCAUUUUUCAAAGCCAUAGAGAGCAUUUCUCAGCAUAUGUUCUGUGAAAUGUGUUGCCUAGGAAAAAGAAAGAUUCCAUGGUGAGGUUGAUUUUUAGGUUACUCUGAGUUAAACAAAGCUAGGCAUUUGUUUAUUAAAGAACCUCUGGAACCUUCCGUGUAAUCAUGUGUAUUGUGAAUCUCCAGGAAAUAGAUAUUAGUGUAGAAGACUUUCUAAAUCUUCUGGACCCCAAACUCCUUUUACGAGGAGCACUUUGUAAGAUCGGUGUUCUUAGGAAGCCACUGUGGGCAGUGUGGCUUGUGUGGUGCGAUAGCUACCUCUGCAGGGUGACAACCAAAACCACCAGCUGCUUUUUAGCACCAGUGCAGCCACACUGUCCACCUGGAGUCUGAGCAGGGUAGAAAAGACAGGGCUCAUCCUGUCCCAGAGGAAGCGUGAGCUCAUCAGUGCUUUUUUUUUUUUUUAAACUUGUAGAUAAAUUCAGUGGCCCAUCAACUUUUUGCUGCCAUGUACGAGGGUACUUCAAGAAAUUCACGGAAAAAUGGAACUAAAAGAUAAGCUUGUUUGAAUGAAUUUUUUUUUUAAAUCCAUGUGCAGUUUUCUCAUAAUAAGCUUUUCCCAUGGACUUGUUGAAGACCCCUCAUAUGUCUCACUCAUUCUUCAGUCCCUUAACUUUCCUGUCCUAAAUUUCCAGCAGAGUCUGAGUAUGCCUUUUUUUUUUUUUUUUAACUUUAAAUGUGUAGUUCAGCAUUAUUUCAUGUGAACCAGUUGGGUUUCUGCAGUAGCAUUUGGUAGUAAGCGUCUUUGGGGGUUGCUGAGUUGGGGGAAGGAUACAGGAAGCAUCAGAGCCGGCAGAAAGCACCCUGAGCAGGUGGCGUGUCUGAUGUUUUCCCUCUCACCCUGCCUCUGGAUGUCUGUGUCCAUCCCAAACGAGAUGGAGGAAACAAGUGGAACUGAGUGGUGUCUGUAAACCGAAUAAAAAUGUCACCUGA